UGGCAAUUUAUUUGCAACACUGAUGCUGAGAGAUCGUAUGUACAUCCUUAUAUUGUCAAUACAAAGCAGUGAGAAUGGAAAUCAUCAUAGAAACGUCAACUUGUAACAUCUCUCUGGAAGUUGAAUCGUCCUUCACAAUAAUAGACGUCAAGGAUAAUAUCACCAGUAAAACCGGAAUUCACAGGAAAUAUCAAAAACUGUCUUUUUCGAACGAGAUAUUACAGGAUGAAUAUACGUUGGCGCAUUACAACAUUGGCAAUAAAUCAACAAUUGAUUUUCAGCUGAUCGUUCCCAGCUUUGAAGAAGUGUUGGAAGCUACGAGCACUUUGAAAGAACACAUCUCGUGCACAAGUGAAUCUACGGAUUUCGAGUCGGAAAAAGUGGAGGAAGCGAUGACUACAGUGAAGGCAUUUAUAGAUUCGCAUUCAUGUUGCGCUGUAUUCAUCAGUGAUUUGUUGAAAACAAGUGCUGAUCAAUCCGAACAAAACGUCAAAAUGAAAAUGUUUUGUCAAAAUUUACUACAUAAAAACCUUGAAAUAACUAAUGUUAUUAAAACUAUGAAAAAGGACCUAGAAAAUGUCAAAGCUGCAAAUAGUGGGUUGUCAACUCAAGUAGAAAAUUUGAAAAGUGAAGUAGAAAAUUUGAAAAGUGAAAGAGAAAAUUGGAAAACUGAAGUAGAAAAUGUGAAAGCUCUUAAUAAAACAAUAUUAGAGAAAGCUAAUGGAUUUGAACAAUUUCGUAGUAAAGUUGAACAAAGAAUAGAGAAUUUUAGUGAUGCCCUUUCCAAAAUGACUCUGAACCAAACAAUCAAAUAAAUACAUUA